UUCUCCGUGACUUGUAAUAUUUUUAAAAGAUGGCGGAAUCAGAGGGCAUGUGUGAAACACAAAAUACCAAUACUGUACUAAAAACCACGAUUUCAGAUCGUGUUUAUAAUUUUCUCAUAAUAAUCUUUGAAUAUAUUUUUAAAUUUUGGUUUCUUGUGUUUUUCAUGAUAGUUUGGUUUCUUAGAGAACCAAUAAAACUAGCAGAUGCAAGUAAUACAGUAAUAAUGUUUCUGUCCACUCUCACCCCAAAAUUUUAUGUGGCGUUAACUGCAACAUCAUCUUUUCUGUCUGGUUUAAUACUUAUUUUUGAUUGGUGGUAUUUUUGCAAAUAUGGGAGUUCUUUUAUAGAAUAUUUUUCAGUCUCCUAUUUUGGUCCAUUUCUAGGACUUAUUCCAAAUCAACAAAAUACAAAGCAAUUAAUUGCUGAGUGUAAAGUCUGGAGAAAUCCAAUGAGUCUUCUUCGAGGAGCUGAGUACCAAAGACUAAAAUGGGCACUGAAUUUGCAGCCUCUAACAGAAUAUGAUUUGUUAUUGUCAGAGAAAGAUCAUCUAUCUUUUUUUACUUGCUCAACUGAUAAAAUCAAUGGAAGGCCUGGAGACUAUAAAAUGUUAAAAGCAUUUAAAGAAAAAGAAAAAGAUAAAAGGAUAUCCAUGGCUCAUGAAGCUCUUAGUAUUUCACAAUCCAAGUGUGCAACAGCAUUUGUAUUACUAGCAGAAGAAGAGGCGACUACAAUUGAAGAGGCAGAAAACUUGUUCAAGCAAGCAUUAAAAGCAAGUGAAAAUAAUCUGAGACAGUAUAAUAGUCUUUCUGCUGAUGAAGAAGCUGAGAUCUGCCAUAGGCGAGACACAAAUGUGCACGUAUAUGUGAAACGAAGGCUUGCAAUGUGUGCACGAAAGUUGGGAAGGACAAAAGAUGCUGUUAAAACAAUGAAAGAUUUACUUAAAGAGCAUCCAUUCUUAAGUGUUUUAAACAUUCAUGAAAAUCUUAUUGAAGCAUUGUUAGAAAUGCAAGCCUAUUCAGAAGUUCAGCAAGUGCUGACAAAAUAUGAUGAUAUUAGUCUUCCAAAAUCUGCCACAAUAUGUUAUACUGCAGCUCUUUUAAAAGCAAGGGCAGUGGCAGAUAAAUUUUCUCCAGAUGUAGCUGCAAAACGUGGUUUGAAUCCUGCAGAAAUAAGUGCUGUUGAAGCAAUACACAGAGCUGUAGAAUUUAAUCCACAUGUUCCAAAAUAUUUGUUGGAAGAAAAAGCAUUGAUUUUACCCCCAGAACAUAUAUUAAAACGAGGAGAUAGUGAAGCUGUUGCAUAUGCUUUCUUUCAUCUUCAAUACUGGAAAAGAAUAGAAGGAGCGCUUACAUUGCUUGAUUGCACAUGGAAGGGAACUUUCAGUCUUGUCCCCUAUCCUCUUGAGAAAGGACAUCUAUUUCAUCCUUAUCCAUCUUGCACUGAAGCUGCUGACAGGGAACUUAUGCCUGACUUUCAUAAAGUUUCUUUAUAUCCUCAAAGAGAACUUCCAUUUUUUAUAUUGUUCACUGCUGCAACGUGUUCUAUAUCAGCUGUUCUUGCGUUACUUACUUCACAGUUUCCAGAAUUUAUGAUAUGUGCAGUCAACAUGAUUUUGUCUUGUUGUGGUUUACCUUUCGCUUUUUUGUUUCAAAAGUUGCAAGAACUGAUUCCAAUGUCAAUAUGGCAACAUUUUAUUUAAUAGAUUUGGAAACGAACAUGUUUAAAGUCACAAAAAGAUUUUUAUUACAAAUAUUAUUUUG